CCGGUCGGUUGGCUUGGCGGUCCGAUUGGCGAUGGCAGCGAACGCGAGAGAAGCCCGAAGAAAGAAAAUCUUGGAGCGCGGAUCCGACCGAUUAGCCCUUAUAACGGGUCGGAUCGAAAAUCGUUCGCCUCCUCGUUCGGCUUCUUCCCACUCCCAACCAACCGAUGCUUAUGCGGAUUCAUCACCUGGGCCGUUCAGUGUAAACGAUCAAGCUAUUCCCCUCGUAUUUUCCCAUCCUAACACCAGCGUUUCUCUUCAAGAUGAGGCAGAGGGGUUGCCACAACUUCUUACUGGUAAACGAAGAGGUUCUGAAAGUGCUGCAGAAAGACCAAAUAGAACUCUUCUGACUCAGAGCACUGGACUGAACAUCUUGGCAGGGCACUAG